GAGCAAAAGCCAUAUAUCCGACUGCUGAAGAAGCACUUUUCAAACGGAUUUUAGAAUUUCAACAGAAUGGACUUACCAUAACCACCAACAUGAAAUUUAAACAAUUCAAACAAUAUCGAUAUGAAAUAGCAGUAAUAGACAACAUGGACGAGUUGACACGCGAAACAAAUAAAAAAAGAGCUUUAUUAGUUUUAGAUCGUUUUGAAGUACAAAAAACUGAAUGGGUUAAAGAAAGAGAAAACACUGAUCUUUGUAUAAUUCCAGGAGAACUUGCAUUAAAUAGUUCGGUUUCUUGA